GGGAGGUAGUGGUAGUAUGCAUAUUUCGAGAACAUGGCUUCGUGGAAAUGUACAGGUUAUGUUAUUUUAGGUAUCACAAUUGUUGUUUUAAUAAUUCUCCUCAAUUUCGAUUAUUUACCGAAAAGAAGGUUAUCUGAAGAGCUAGAGCUAACCACAAAAAGUAGUUACAAAGAAUCCAUUUCGACCGGACGACCCACCGAAAGAACGGCCACAGGUGACACAGCGAAGGAUGACGAUGGAAAACUCUCAGUUGAGCAGUACAAGAAACAAAUAAUGAAUUGGAGUUGCUCUGAAAAGUCUUCCUCUCCAAUGGACAAUUUGCCUGAGCUAACAUUUGAUGAUGUAAAAAAUUUUGAUUGGAAUUGUAGUGGUUUCCCUUCAACACCACAGGAAACAGAUGAUAACGUCACAACAGCAAUGUGUUACAAUUAUAAUGAUCCUUUCAUCUGUGUGGGUGAUCCAUUGCAUUGCCAAUACAAGGACCUCAGUGACAAGAGGUAUAAAACAAGACCCAAGUACGGAGAGUACAAGUAUCUUCCCAAGUCAUUAUGGUUAAGUGUUGUUUUGCAUGGGGGAGUAGCAUUCCUUUACCACCCAUGUGCCAGUACAGAGCAAAAAAUGAAGCUACGCAAAUUGGCAACCAGUUGUCUACAACGGCAUGUUAUUACACCUUAUGAGAGACUAAAUCCAUGCAAGCCAAUUGUCAUGGUAGCAUGGAGCUGCUUCUAUUCAUCAUCAGAAGUAGAUAUUGAAAAAGGAAAAGAGUGGAUCAAGCAAAAGGCCAUGAAGGGCCCUGCUACUCAUGUAACAGAAAAUGGGCAAUAUAAAGAUGGAAUUAAGAGUCAAGCUGAAACAGUUUCAGAUAAGCAUGACACUCUCCUCUGUCCUGAUAACAUAAAUUCAAUGAUCAAGUCGCGCAAAGGAGAGAGUCAAUCCACAAGUGGCAUAGAGCAAGAUGCAUCUCAAGAAAAUGAGAGGCAAAGCAGCCAAGGAUCUAUCUCAAUACAAAACACAGAAGAGUUUGUGAUAGUGAAUGAGAGGGUGACAAGCAACCACAAAUUUGAUACAUCGAAUGCAGCAUGGGCUCUGGGAAGUGUAAUAUUUUUAUGUCUGGUCCUUGGUGGCGUAUUAUUCUACACCAGGCCAUGGCAAAACAGAGAUCACUGGUGGACACUAGAUGAUUAUAACAGUAACACAAAGUUUAGUUUCAUGAAAGCAAGAGGCCUUCGAUGGAAAUCAAGAACACCUCCAAAUAAAAGGACAGCAGGGUAUUCUCGUUUAUUGAGCGCAAUACCUGAAGAAUUUGAAGAUGACAUUUAAUACAAAAAUUUAUUUAUUUGAUAAUAAGUUCCUUUUAGUGGACAUCAGAAGGUAUUUAGUCACAUGUAACAUAAUUCAGGGUCUUAAGUAAGCCAAAAAUCUUAUAAGAAUCAUUAUACUUUCUCUGUUUACAUAGAUCUAGAUACCCCAAUAUUCAAUGCACUUUUGAUAUAUUAUUAUUUAUAAUAAGUAUAUACCUCACAUGUGAAUAGUUCUUUUGGCAUGUGCUGAUUGGCUGAUUUAGAAGAGAUUAACUAGUACUGUUCACCUCCCAACGGCCAAAGAGACAAAAUUGUAGGUCAACAAUUUAAUUUGCAACCAUCUUUUGCUAUAUUAACAGAAAUAAACUGACUUUUUGGGGUUUUGUGUGAUAUAUAACAAAACAAUGUUGGGGUGAAAGUGCUGGAUAUUUAUUGUGCAGCUUAGUAAAUAUCUACCACUUUGCACCUACAUUUUGCUGAACAAUUGUUCAUUUUUACUCCUGGUGUGCAUACAUUUGAAGUAUGUUGGCUAUUUUUAUAUUAAUUCUGAGAUCCAUUUUGGGAUUGCUUUGGUAUGGUGUAAUAUUUUCUAUUCAAUUUGUUUAAAGUUGCAUACUGAUACAUAAAUAAAGGAUGGGUCCAUGCAAAAAAGUAAUUAUAUUCUUUAGGCUUUCAUAAUGGUUGGGAAAAUUGUACUUUUGAAGGUUUAGGAAACAUUCAAUCAGUGAUAAUUAUGAUAUUAACAUUAUGGACAACUUUUCAUAUGAAAUUGUUUGCUUACUAGCACCAUUUUUAUGUAAAACUUCCCCAUUGUAGUUUGGAAUGGGUAGAAACAGCCUACUUAUACAAUUUGUUUUUUUGAAGGUAUACAAGGUAAGCUGUGUGAAACAUAAACUACUGCUGUAAAUCGUUUCACAGGUAAACAGAAAAUACGUACAAAAUACAAACUUUGUUGAAG